AUGAAGGACAGACUGAUCAACUUGUUCGCCCGUGUGGGUUACCAGUCGCAGGACAUCUCACAGAGCACAACCGUCCCUUACUGGGGGUACGCUGUGCGAGUCGUGCCGUGCGCCAAUGAUGCUGGAACCUGCGAGUACUUCGAGGCUGUCUACGGCGGCCAUGAGCGCAGUAUGCUCUACUCUGGUAUCCUGUGGGCGACAAUUGGCGGCAUCCUCCUCAUCUGGGCAAUCCUCCGCCAUGCUUAUGCCACUCCUCUUGCUGCUGCUCAAACUGGAUCAGAGAAGCAGCCAAAAGCAAGAUCGGCAGGCUUUCGCAUACGACGAGCCAUUGGCGCUGCAACGAGGCAGUAUCUGCUCCCUCAAUCACUACGCUCCAUCUUUGGCCGCACCACCCGCCUCCAGAUCUUGGUUCUCGCCAUCUUCACUGGCUAUCUGACCAUCUGGUCAUUUGUCGGCAUCACGUACAAGGCCUGGAGAACACCAGUCAAGGGCUACGACAACCUCUACCAGACUCGGUCUGGCCUCGGGCCCUGGUCCGACCGCGUCGGAGUCAUCGCAUACGCCUUGACUCCCUUCUCCGUCAUGUUGGCUUCGCGCGAGUCGAUUCUGUCGCAGCUUACCGGCAUCCCCUAUCAGAAUUUCAAUUUCCUCCACAGAUGGCUUGGAUACAUCAUUUUUGUCCAGUCUCUCCUCCACACCAUUGGGUGGACGGUCAUCGAAACGGUGUAUUACCAACCUCAACCGCAGGUGGCUAACAAAUGGAUUGCGCAACUCUACAUGAUCUGGGGCUGUGUGGCCAUGAUUCUGCUCCUUAUACUCUUCGUUCUAUCGACGCCAUGGGCUAUUCGCCUGACCGGCUACGAAUUCUUCCGCAAGAGCCACUACAUCCUCGCUAUGGUAUAUAUCGGCGCAUGCUGGGGGCAUUGGGACCCAUUGAAGGCUUUCUUGGUGCCUGGUCUGGCCCUCUGGUUUGUUGACCGGCUCAUUCGAGCGAUCCGGUCGGGUUUGAUUCAUUACCAGUUUCUGCCCGACGGAUCCAUGGGUUUUAAAACCGCCGAUGCUGUCGCUACGCUGUUUCCCGACCCUGAAAACGGCGACAUUGUUCGCCUCGACUACCGUCACCCUCAAACUCCUUGGAAUCCAGGACAGCACUUCUAUCUUUGCUUCACCCAGGCCAGCAUCUGGCAAUCUCACCCGUUCACUCCGCUCAGUCUGUCGGUGGAGAAGGACGGCACAGUCCUCCACUCUUACAUCUUCCGCGCGAAGAAGGGCGAGACGAAGAAGGUGGCCAACCAGGUGGCCAGCAAGCUCUCCACUGCCGAGGGCAACACCGCGGUCACGACGCCGGUUGUCAUGCAGGGCCCAUAUGGUGAGAACCUUGUCUCGGAUCUCACGGCCGAUGUCAAUGUCCUCUGCGUGGCCGGUGGCACUGGAAUCACGUAUGUUCUGCCGGUUCUACUGUGGCUCCAGCGGCAAGCUCCCAGCGUGGACAGAAAGAUCAGUCUUGUGUGGGCGGUGAAGCACCACAAGGACGUGGAAUGGGUUAAGCCCGAGCUUGAGCAGCUUAGAUCCGCUGCAUCAACACACGGCCUUAGUAUUAGCAUAUUCGUCACUCAGGACCAGGAGACGGCAUCAUCGCACGCUUCUGAUAGUGAACAUUCGGCGAAUGAGGAGAAGGGCAUUGCGACGAGGGUCCGUGCUUUGAGAUCGAGCUCGCAUAAUCCAGGACGCCCUGAUGUUGGCGCUGUCGUGCCGGCGUUUGUUAAUGACGUGGUUCGCGGGCGGACCGUCGUUGUUGCAAGCGGCCCAGGCAGUAUGCUUUCCAACAUCCACACUGAAGUUGCCAAGCUCAACUCAGGUCGUAAGGUUUACAGGGGCGAAGAGAGAUUUGAUGUUGAGUUGAAAUGUGAUGAUAGGUUAGAGUGGUGA